GGAGCAAUUGAGGUGAUCUGGAUCCACAAGGAGCGACCAAUGGCAGCCCCUCCCAUUCCUCGGUUCCCCUCCCGGCCUCCGCAGCUCUCCUUGUCGCCUUGGAAACUAAGCUUUGACUACUCAAAUUUUAAUUCGAAAACUUCACAGCUAUAUAUUUCUGGCAUUUGUUCUGACGCAGAUCUAUGGGUCUUCUCAGCAUCAUUCGGAAAAUCAAAAGGAAAGAGAAGGAAAUGCGCAUUCUCAUGGUCGGACUGGACAAUUCGGGGAAAACCACGAUAGUUUUGAAGAUUAACGGAGAAGACACUAGCGUAAUUAGUCCUACCCUUGGUUUUAACAUCAAAACCAUCACCUACAAAAAGUAUACUCUCAAUAUAUGGGAUGUUGGGGGACAAAAGACAAUAAGAUCUUAUUGGAGAAACUACUUUGAGCAAACGGAUGGUUUGGUCUGGGUAGUUGAUAGUUCAGAUCUACGAAGGUUGGGUGAUUGCAAAAUGGAGCUGGAUAACCUUUUGAAGGAAGAGAGACUAUCUGGAGCAUCUCUACUGAUACUAGCAAAUAAGCAGGACAUUAAAGGCGCUCUUGCACCUGAAGAAAUAGCCAAGGUGCUGAACUUAGAAGCCAUGGAGAAAUCACGGCACUGGAAGAUAGUUGGCUGCAGUGCAUUUACGGGUCAGGGUCUGCUUGAGGGAUUCGAUUGGUUAGUCCAGGACAUAGCCUCUAGAAUUUACAUGCUUGACUAGUCCUUUUUCAUGAAAUGGUUCCAAUCCCUAACCUGAUAUUGCUUGUCUGGCGAAAAUCGUGAGUGUACUGCAUCACUGAAUGAUGUAUAACAUUCUUGGAUACAUGCAAGUUUUCGACAGAUUGCUUGAUCCACAAGAUUGUGAAAGAACCGCCUUGUGAGAAUGGGAACGUCACUGCGUUCUUUCUUGUAAACCAUGUGAAGUAGCUGUGCCCUUAAACAAGUCGGUGCUCCCAACUUGGUAGUUCGACGUUCAUGUGAAUAUGUAGACUUGCCGUAUUUCAUCAUUUUAUCUGAACUAGAUUUAUUAGCCUGUGCACGGUUGAUUAAAAAAUAUUGUAGUCAUAUUUGUAGACUUGUUAUUUUUAUUUUACUAUAUGUUUUUAA